GACUCUGAUUAGACCCCUUGCCUGGGAACUUCCAUGUACCGCAGGUGCAGCCCUAAAAAACAAAAAAGAAAGGCUCAGGUUCCCAUGCUCCUAACGUAGCUGGGCCCAAGGGCCACCCUGCAUCGCCAAGUCUCCAACAAAGACUACAGUCUACUUCCUACUGAGGGGUAGUUCUAUGGCUUUUUCCAGGCAAGAAGGCCAAUGUUAGAGGCUGGACCGUUUGGAAUAAAGGUGGAAGCGGUAUAAAGAAACCAGAUUGACUUCGGGCGCUCGGAUCAUACUAGGGCAUCCCUUCUCAGAUUGGGGUUGAGAGUACUCAACAAAAACGUGCAAAAAAAGUUAACUCCCCUCUCUGCUGACGAGGCGGCCCUCAGAAUAUGCAGACCUGGGCCUGAUGGAAGGCUCAGGGAAAGAUGACCUGGACCAAGUUACGCGAAAAGACCUGGCACGAACUAUUCUGGCUCUAUUUGUGGUUCCAGGCUUAGACGCGAUAGGGAGAAUAACUGCGAGGAAGGGAGAGUGAUGACGCUUCUUCCAGAAGUCUUAACCAGCUCAUCCAGCAACACCCCUCAGGGAACACUCAGCGAACCAACAUUUCACGGCCCUCGCGCCUGCCCUCAAUCAAGAUGGCCGCCGCGGCGCGCCCACACAACGGCGCACGCGCCGUACCUCUGCUCCGCCUUCUUCCCGUCCUUCUGAGCGCCGGUACCGCCCACUCACCAGCUGCACUCCCUCCGUGCGCCCUCAGCUUCACCCCCUUUUCUGGGUGCCCCCGCCCGUCCAGACUCCCGAGGCGGAAGUGGAUAGUGCUGCUCAGCGGAGAGGCCGAGGGGGGGAGGGGGAAGUGCUUCCGGGGAAACGGGCCCCGGGUUGGUGUUUGUAAACUUGCCUCGGUCCCGGCGGGGACAGCGGUGGCCACGGGGUUGGCACGGCGUGCUGGGGCCUGGAGGAGGCGCCGCGCGGCUGGGGAGACAGUGGAAGGCCGCGCCUGGCAGGUUUGUGAAACAGAUGUGAAUUUCAUCCAGGGAAUUCAGCUGGAAAACCAAGACUGGCAGACUCUUUUUCUUCAGACAAUAGGCAGGAACCAGGCAGAGACCAGGGAUUCUUGGAACAUCUAUCUUCCCUUUGGAGGACACUAAAUUCUAUGUGAAGACAAAGGCAGUUCAAUAUGGCAGCAGGACUGAAGGGACACGAAGGAGUUGUUACAGGGAUUUGGUGACAGUUCUUCAAACAACAGUGUCUUAAAGAAAGGUGGAUCAAGAAGCUCCUGAACUUUUGUGUUGCAUUAAGUGAGAAAUCAGCAUGGCUCAGGUAAAAAGCUCUAGAGUCCUCCUCCUUCAAGAUCUCUGGGAAGCGUGUUUGCAGUUUCACUCUUGAAUGCUGCCUUAGUCAACAUAUUGACCAACACAGUGAGCCAAGCUCUGUAUUAAGCACCAGGGGGAGAUCUAGAGGAAGGAAAGGAGACAGGCCACAGCCCCUGCCUUCAGGGAGCUUCCAGUCAAAUGAAGGAGGCAAGUCUCCUGGCUUGUGAAGGCCUAGCAGGUGUGAGUUUGGUUCCCACUGCAGCCAGCAAGAAGAUGAUGCUGAGCCAGAUUGCCAGCAAGCAGGCCGAGAAUGGAGAGCGGGCGGGUAGCCCUGAUGUGCUGAGGUGCUCGAGUCAGGGCCACCGAAAAGAGAGUGAUAAGUCCCGGAGCCGCAAAGACGAUGACAGCUUGACUGAGGCCUCUCAUUCAAAAAAGACUGUUAAAAAGGUGGUGGUAGUGGAGCAAAAUGGUUCUUUUCAAGUAAAGAUUCCCAAAAAUUUUGUUUGUGAACACUGCUUUGGAGCCUUUCGGAGCAGUUACCACCUCAAGAGGCACAUCCUUAUUCAUACUGGUGAGAAGCCCUUCGAGUGUGAUAUAUGUGAUAUGCGCUUCAUCCAGAAGUACCACCUGGAGCGUCACAAGCGUGUACACAGUGGGGAGAAGCCCUACCAGUGUGAACGGUGUCACCAGUGUUUUUCUCGGACAGAUCGAUUACUCAGACACAAACGGAUGUGCCAAGGGUGCCAGUCCAAGACUUCCGAUGGGCAGUUUUCUCUAUAAGCGCAAGGGGCCCCAGGUGGUGGGAGUGAUCAGCAGAAUCUACCGAAGAGCGCACCCCCUCUGGUCUGAUGGUCCCACCACCACCCCAUCUGUACCUGUUCCCCUCCUGGAGGAGUGGACCCAGGAGACCGGAAGAGUGCAUCAGGGGACAGCAGGCCCCAGAGCGUCAGCUCUGUAAAUAGUCUGAGACUAUGAGUAUCUCGGGGAAGUUCCUACAGCAUUCCCGGGUAGGGAAGCUAGUCCCUGGACCCUUGGCUGAGGUCAUAGGUGGGGAUUCAAGGUACAGGACCAAGACUGAAGUGUGGCUCCCGCAACCUUGGACCCCAGCUGGCAGCUGAAAUGGAAAAGACUGGGGAGAGGGAUUUGUUUGUUCUGUUCUUGUUUUUGUUUAUCCAAAAGCAAUUUCAGCAGGUGCACUGUGGAAACAGGUAGUAUGGAGGUAUAGAGUCCUGGUCAAAGCAGGGACUGGCUGCUCCAGCCCUCCCCCGAAAUUGAGUUUUUAGUUGCAGUUGAUCCUCAAUGUUCCAUAGCCCUGGACCUCACCUCCUGUUUGAAGGAGAAUAGGAGCAGGGAUGGCAGCUGAGCUUCCUUUGGCCUCUGUGUACACUGUAGGGACAAAAGAAAGAACAGUGGGAGGAGCAGAGAAGGACUGGAUCCAAAAAGAGUGGACAGGUACCUCUCGUUUCCUUCGGGGAAGAGCGAGAGUUGCAGCUACGGUGUUGUACCGGCCCACGCCACACUGGUACCUAGGGGGUCAGCUCAAGUGCCUUCUGGAGGAAACUUGGGUGAGAGCGGCCCGUGAAACCCCUUUCCUUUCUCUCUUUGGGCAGCUGGUCUUGGGGAUAGUUUUUGGCUACCUCGCUGAUGUGGACUCCUAAGCCAGACAGAGGUGUUGAGCAGGGGGUCGUGGCCGUCAGAGUGGGUUCUGUCCUUGUGUCCCCUUAGGAACCACCCAGGCUGGUCCCAAGCUGGGUAACAGCUGUUGAUGCAGCAAAGGAAGUUGGUGUCCCCUGACGUGGCUGUUGAGUCAUGUGAGCUGUUCUCCUGCCCAAGUCCCGUCACUGUAUCUGGGUAGAGCAGAUAGGGGUCUGGCCUUUGGUCCCAAAGAGCAAGAUCUUGGCUUCCUCCUUGAUGGCCAUCCCUACCUGACAAAGAAUUGCGGGGGGGUGGGGGCGCUGCAGAGAAAAAACUGAGGAAGAGACCUAACAUAGGUGUGAUUCUUAAGUCUGUUCUCUGCUCCUCUCUGCUCCCAGCGCCACCACCCGAUAUCCACCACCCCCCCCAGAAAGUGAUCAGUGUGUGUGUGUGUGUGUAGUAUGUGAGUGUUGAUGUUUGUAUGCUUGGAGGUGGCAUAUUAUUGAGCCAAACCCUUCUCCAGCCCUCAACUCAGGGGAGGAUGAGCAUGAAACAGCCUCUCCUCAGCCCCCUCAGCCUGAAGGGUGCUUGAGGUCCCAGCAGGAGCUGAAGAGCUCAAUUCAGGGGACUGGAGGGCUUUGUUUUGGAGGUGUUGUGUUGUGUUUUGUUUUUUUAAUUCAACAGACUGCUGGUUAGGAUGUUUCUGACCCAAACCAGGGCUUGUGAAUAUGAAUUUUCUAAAGUGAAAUAAAAACCCUCUUUCCUCCUGCUUAGGAAAGGAUCCUGUGGGAGGUUCUGGGGUUUGGUGGACCCCCCAGGUUGUGACCUGCCCUGACCUACUGGGCUGGGGGGUAGUUAUGGAGUAAUCAUGGAAACUCGGUGAACCUGACCAAGCUGUCAGUGGGGAUCUGAGCUAGCAUUCUCCAGGAGGUGUGGUUUCAUUUCCCAGAAAGUGGAGGGAAUGGCAGCAGCAAACUCCCAGCUGUUGCCUGUUCUGGAGGAAAUAACAGGUUCGGGGGUGGUCUCCAUACCUCUGAGGUGCGAGGAUUUUGGGGGGAAGAAAGAAAGGAGGCCUGGCACCUUAGCCGUCUUCCCUGACAGCAUCCAAGAUCCUGUUGGGGAGACGCUGGAUGUCUUUGCCGCCUGUGCUCCUCUAAUUUUAUGCUGGCACUCCAGAAACUAGACCACAAGUCCUUGAACCUGCCCGUGGUCCCUGCAAGUGGGGCGUCUUUCUGCAUGUGAGCCAGCCCCUUCCCUGUUAGAGGGUUCUACUGGGGGCUGGGAUUGGUCUAGGAUACCUUUAGAAAAACUGUCCUUUCACGAGUGCUUUGGAAAAUGGGAAGCUUCCCUCCCUGCCACCUGUGGCUAACCUGUCUAGAGUUGAGAUGGGUUUGGGGGAAUGCGUGGAGAAUCACGUGAGUGCUCUGUGCCCCUGCGUGUGCGAAUAUGUGCUUAGGUCAAAAUGUGCUCUGGCCCCCUACAGGCCUCUGCUUCCUGCCUGGGUGGACAGGAGAGAGAGAACUUCAAAGCAUAUGUGCAAAGAGCCAUACCAGAACCACCCCUGCCAAGGACUGGGUGCGGGGAAACUCAGGAGCAGGUGGUUAGCUCAGUUGUCCAGGUGCUGAUGUUCUGGGGUCAUGACUAUGCGAGGAGAGAGGAGCAGAGAGGCAAAAGGAGUGACUUAGUGCCCAGGGGGCUUAGGAGUCCCACUUAACACCCCAGGGAAAUCGCAGACUGAGACCGCUGCGAAGGCUCCUGGGUCCAAUGUCCCACCCCUCCUCUGCUGGGGCAGGGGUGGGGGGUUCUAGCACUGGAAAGAAGCCUCAGGUGUGUCCGGAGUGGAGGGAAAGGGAAACAGGGCCGGCUCUCGGAGAUGGGAUGUGGGAUUCAGGGACCUGGGAAAAAGUAGCGCCAGUUCCUGGGUGGGCUGCUGUACCAGGCCCCACCAGCCCUGCCCUUCCCAGCACCCCCAGUCUUUUCCGUCCGCCCCCCCCCAACAGCCUCUUGUUGUCACUUAGCUACUGAUUGUGCCCCAUGGCUUGAUUUUGGAGGGUUAAAUGAGGUGUGGUGUGGAGUCCCCCACAACUUUUAACCCUCUCCCCAGAUGUUCUUUGCCUCUGUGUGGCCCUGGGGCUUUUAUCUUAACAAUCCCUCCUACCCUUCUUCUCUUUUUUUUUAAUAUACUUAUUUUGCUAUUGGGGGAGGGGAAUAUUAAAUGAACAAGAUCACUUUUAAAUGGUAGUUUUUAUAAGAUGUUAUAAACUUGUAUCUUUUUACCAUUAAAGUGCAGUGUAUGUUCCUUCGUGAUAUAUUUAGGAUAUUUAAAUAAAAAGAAAAUGGGGCUUUUGUA